AUGCUCGCAGACCAGGCCCUCCUUGUUCUAUCGGCCGCUGGCACGUUUUUCGCCUGCUGGCUCCUUGCGCGCAUUGUCACAGGAUACCUAGCCCAGCUACACCCUAUUUUUGCCGAGCUGCACUCGGACUUUUCUAUCAUGGAUACCUCGGUCGUCGUUACGUUCUGCCUCGGGCUGCUGUGUACGCUGACGGUCAUGUACUUUUUGGGCCUCUUUGGUGCGCGCGUCUCGAAGAGCGCACUGAGUCGGGACGAGUGGCGCUCGUUCAAGCUAAUUAGGCACACGCCUGUGUCCAAGUCCACGAGCGUGCUCGAGUUUCAGAUUCCCGGCCAGCUGGGCCUGCCGAUCGGCCAGCACGUCUCGGUGCGCGCGCCGCUGAACGGGCGCAUGGUCAUGCGCUCGUAUACGCCCAUCUCUGACGUGGACACGGUCGGCACAGUGAAGCUCCUCGUCAAGUCGUACCCGACAGGCAACCUCUCGCGUGUGCUGGGCGCGCUGCAGGUCGGCGAGUCGGUCGAGAUGAAGGGCCCCAAGGGCAAGUUCCUGUACCAGCGCAACAUGACGGAACGCAUCGGCAUGCUCGCUGGUGGUACGGGCAUCACGCCCUGCUUCCAGGUGCUCAAGGCCGCGCUCAAGGACGAAAAAGACCAGACUCGCUUCGACCUGCUGUACGCCAACGUGUCGGAGGACGAGAUCCUGCUCAAGGACGAGCUGGACACGCUCAUGCGCGAGCACCCCCUGCGCUUCCGUGUGCGAUACUUCCUCAACUUCCCGCCGCCCGGCUGGGACGGCGGCGUCGGCUUUAUCACGCGCGAUGCCAUCGCCGACUUUCUGCCGCCCGCCACGCUCGACUGCCGCGUGCUCAUGUGUGGCCCGCCGCCGAUGGUCGAGGCGAUGAAGCGGCAUCUCGUGCAGCUGCAGUUCCCCGAGCCGCGUCCGCUGAGCCAGGCGGACGACAAGGUGUUUGUCUUUUAG